AAAGAUAUUCCACGGAUUUGACCCGGUAAGUAGGAGGAGGGAGUGGAGAAUGAAUUUGACCCGGUACGUAGGAGGAAGGGGUGGAGUCAUUCUCCAUUCCUGGCGCAAAAACAUCGCUCUCGCGUCCACCACUUUUAACAUAAAAACCAGAAACUCAGGAGUAAAAGGCCUUUUACGCGACGGGCGGAGCCACCACCCUCCUCCUCUGCACCACCCGAAGCAAGUAAGCUAGACUCCACCUCUAUGGCGAACACGACCCCGGCGCCGCCCAUUAGCAGCGUCAUCAAGUCAUAUCGACCGCAGAACUACUCAUGUUUUCUCUACCGGGAUGACGUCCCCAAAAGGAUGAUGAUCCUUGGCCUUCAGACCUCCAUUAUGAUCACCAUCAUUUGGUUGCUCCGCCCCGUUUUCCGACGCCUUCGCAUGCCUCAGUCCAUGGCCGAAGUCUUCGGAGGGAUCGUUAUGGGGCCUACUCUUUUCGGCAGCAUAGGUUGGCUAAAGGCCGAAUUGUUUCCGAAUACAAGCCUCGGCGUGCUGAACAUGGUCUCCAUCACGGGACGCCAGCUCUUUUGCUUCCUCGUUGGGCUCGAGCUAGACCCGGGCAUUAUCCUGCGCGCAAAAGGCCAGGCAUCAGUGAUCGCGCUCGCUGGGAUAUUCGUCUCGGGCUCGGCGGGGUUACUCGCCACCAGGUUCUUGCACCCCCUUAUCCGUCCGAACGUAACAGCACGCGAGUUUCGAGCCAUCAUACCCCUCUUCAUGGCCAAUGGGGGAUCCACGGUGCUCUACCGCCUCGCCACCGAGAUCAAGCUCGGAACCUCCGAGGUGGGCCAGCUCGCGCUCUCCGCUUCUGUCUUCACCGAUGUGUUGUGCCUCUCAACCCUCACCUUCCUCACCUCAGAGUCAAUGAAUGACGGCCGGAUCGGCGACACCAUCACAUCCGUGUUCAUCGGUCUCAUCAUCGCGCUCAUGCUUCUGUUCGCGGUGGGACCAUCAAUGCUGCUUUGGGCGAAGGCGGGUGAGCCCGAGCGAGCGCGCAUGAGCGACUGUCACCUAUGCAUCAUCAUCUGUCUCGCAAUUGGUUCAGCAGCAUUGGGCGAGUUUCUCGGCUACGACGGCAUGGUGAGCGCGUUCUUGUUCGGCGUGCUGUUCCCGAGGCAGAGGGGCAUCGCUUUGACGGUGGCCGAUAGGCUCUAUUACCCAGUGCGAGUGGGAAUCUUGCCGACAUAUUUCGGCUUCAUCGGGCAGUACUCGAACUUGAGGUUGGUGUGGGACGGGGGGGCGAUAGUGGCGGUGGUGGUGAUGGUGGUGAUGGGGAUUGUGAGUAAGCUGAUCGCGGUGGUGGCCGCAGCGACGGCAUACAAGAUACCUUUGCAUGAGGCGCUGGUGCUCGGAUUCUUCCUCAACACCAGGGGCGUCGCCGACGUCAUCCUCUUCAACGUCUGCUCCAGCCGAGGGAUGUUCAACCUACGGUCCUACGCAAUCUUCAUCGUGGCAGCGGUGUCCAUUUCGGGAAUUACGGGUCCGGCGGUGGUACUCAUCAUGCGACAGGUGAGGCGGCGGAUGCCUGCAUAUCUGCACCCAGGCAUGGAGCGGCAGAGCCCCGAUGCCCUGCUACGCAUCCUCUCCUGCAUUCAUGGCCCGGCCGAUGUCCCUGUCACACUCAACCUCGUUGAGGCAUGCCGGGUUGCCCAGCCCGAGAUUGCACCCCUCUCUGUCUCUACUGUACACCUCCUUGAGUACACCGAGCGCUCCGCCUCCCCCCUCAUGUACCGCCGCGACACCAGGGCCACAUUCAUCUCAUACGAUGCUGAGGCCAUCUCCGAGGUGUUGCGUGCGUACCGUCUCUCGAAUGGGAUCCCCAUCCGCCUCACCACCGCCGUCUCGUACUACUUCAACAUGCACGAGGACAUCUGCAUCACUGCAACAGACAUGCGCACCUCGCUCAUCAUCUUGCCCUUCCACAAGUUCCAAAGGGUCGACGGAAAGAUGGACAUUCGCAACCAUGCCCUCCAAAAGGUGAACCGGCAGACACAGGAUCACGCGCCAUGCUCAGUCGGAAUCCUAGUAAACCGAGGACUCGGAGGGGCCACGUUCAAGACUGCAACCAAUGUCCGGAUGACCGUGGCUGUGCUGUUUUUUGGCGGCUCGGAUGACCGCGAAGCCAUGGCUUUCGGCAUGAGGAUGGCUUUAAACCCGAGCAUCAAUUUCACAAUCAUACGCUUUGUGCCCUGCGACAAAUACGAGAAAGCAAUUGAUAUUGAAGACGAGGAUGACAGUGGAUACGACAUCGAGAUGGAGUUAGAUGAGGCGUUCAUCAGUGAAUGUCGUAAAAGAUAUGUGAAAUCAAAGACAGUAGCUUAUGACGAGAGGUCACUGCGCACAGGUGAGGAAGUAGUGACAGCACUGCGAGAGAUCGCAGUGAGCUACUCAUUAUUCAUUGUGGGUCGAGGAGGGCCGGGGGCAUCACGCCUCACAGCAGGGCUCAUAGGCUGGGAGGAUUGCCCUGAACUAGGGCCGGUGGGUGACUUGCUCUCUUCCUCCGAAUUCUCCAUUACUUGCUCAGUUCUGAUUAUCAACAAGGCUCGGUCACUGUCUUCUGCAAUUAGAGUCAGCUCUAGAGGAAGAGAAGUAAACAAUUUCUAGAGAAGUCACCAUUACAGGAUUCAUUUAUUCUUGUUUCUUGGAGAAUGUAAGGGCAAGUUUCCAUGAGGCGCCUCUUUCAUGGGAAUUGUGAAUGAGGCGCCUCUUUCAUGGGAAUUGUGAAGGUGAGAGACUCCUUUCAUGGAGACCGUACAAAAGCGACUUGGCUCUCUCACCAGCUUGGGUUUUUGUAUUGAUUCCAUACCCACUGUUUGUAAAUUACGAAAAAGAGUGAGUUACGUAUGGACUUGAAA